AUGGCAGACGACGCAAUGACCGGCGGGCACUUCACCCAUAACAACACCACAGCACACAAAGCAGAUCGCGUGCUUCCCCUCUUCUCCCUCAAAGGUCGCACUGCUAUCGUCUCUGGCGCUGGGGCGGGAAUCGGGUUAGCAGUUGCCCACGCACUGGCGGAAGCUGGUGCCAAUGUUGCGAUUUGGUACAACAGCAAUAAGAAGGCUAUCGCCGAGGCCGAGAAGAUUGAGAAGGAAUACGGUGUCAUGUGCAAAGCUUUCCAAGUGAACAUAACCGACUACAGCGCUGUUGAGACUGCUGUCAACACUAUCGUCCGAGAAUUCAAUGGCCGCCUCGACGUCUUUAUCGCGAACUCGGGUAUCCCGUGGACGCAAGGCCCCGCAGUGGAUGGCGAGCUAGAGCACUACCGCAAGGUCGUGGCAACGGAUUUGGAUGGCACCUUUUACUGUGCCCGGGUCGCAGGCUUGCAUUGGAGACGGCAAAAGUUGGAAGGUACAACAAUUGAUGGCAAGAAGCUGGAAAAUUAUAGGGGAGGCAGCUUUGUGGCCACGGCGAGCAUGAGUGGACAUAUCGUCAAUGUCCCGCAGAUGCAGGCUGCAUAUAAUGCUGCCAAGGCGGGGGUUAUCCAUCUGUGCAAGUCGCUCGCCGUUGAGUGGGUAGGUUUCGCUCGAGCGAACAGCGUUUCUCCCGGCUACAUUGCAACCGAGAUCUCCGACUUUGUUCCCCAACCCACCAAGAACAUUUGGAAGGAUAAGAUUCCCAUGGGUCGCGAGGGAGAGGCCCAUGAACUGAAAGGCGCAUUCCUGUACCUGGCUUCGGAUGCUGCUAGCUAUACUACAGGAGCUGAUCUCGUCGUUGAUGGUGGGUACUGUCUCCCUUAG